AUGGAUGACCAUAAAAAUUCUGAUCAUUCAGAUGAUCUAAAUGAGACGAACAAUUACAGUGAAUCGAUGAAUUCUAUUUCUCUAGACAUGGAAACAGACUCGGACUCUACCAGUGAGGAGAACCAAAGCGAAUCAGAUGUAAAUCAUCUUCCAAAAACGCAGGAACGAGUUUCUGCAGGUUCUUUUACUAGUUGUAGCUUGUACACUAGUCAAGGUACUCCAGAUACACCAGCUACACUAGCUAGCCCAGCUACAUCAGAUAUCCCAGCUACACCAGCUGUCUUAGAUCCACCAGCUACCGUAGCUACAGCAGCUAGACCAGCUACAUCAGUUACACCAGCUACCCUAGCUACACCUGUUACCCCAGCUACACCAGGUACCACAGUUACUCCAGCGACUCCAGAUACACCUGCUACCGUAGCUACACCAGCUACCCCAGCUACAAGCGAUACUCCAGCUACACCACCUACCCCAGCUACAUCUGCUACAUCAGCUACCUCAGAUUCAGAUGAUCUGAAUGAGAAGAACAAUUACAGUGAAUCGAUGAAUAUUUCUACAGACACGGAAACAGACUCGGAUUCUACCAUUGAGGAGAAACAAAGCGAAUCAGAUGUAAAUCAUCUUCCAAAAACGCGGGAACGAGUUUCUGCAGGUUCUUUUACUAGUUGCAGCUUCUACACGAGUCAAGGUACUCCAGAUACACCAGCAACACUAGCUAGCCCAGCUACUCCAGAUAUCCCAGCUACACCAGAUAUCCCAGCUACACCAGCUGUCCCAGAUCCACCAGCUACCGUAGCUACCACAACUAGACCAGCUACACCAGGCACACCAGCUACCCUAGCUACACCAGUUACCCCAGCUACCCCAGCUACACCAGCUACACCAGUUACCACAGUUACUCCAGCAACCCCAGAUACACCUGCAACCGUAGCUAUACCAGCUACCCCAGCUCCAAGCGCUACUCCAGCUAGACCAGCUGCCCCAGCUACACCACCUACCCUAGCUACACCUGCUACACCAACUACCUCAGAUUCAGAUAAUCUGAAUAAGAAGAACAAUUACAGUGAAUCUAUGAAUUCUACAGACAUAGAAACAGACUUGGAUUCUACCAGUGAGGAAGAACAAAGCGAAUCAGAUGUAAAUCAGCUUCGAAAAACGCCUGAACGAGUUUCUGCAAGUUCUUUUACUAGUUGCAGCUUGUACACUAGUCAAGGUACCCCAACUACACCAGCUACACUAGCUACCUCAUCUACAUUAAGUACACCAGAUAGACCAGCUACCCCAGCUACAUCAGCUAACUCAGCUACACCAGCUACCCCAGCUGCACUAGCUACCCCAGCUACACUAGGUACCCCAGCUACCCCAGAUACCGUAGCUGCCCCAGCUACCCCAGCUACACUAACUACCCGAGCUACACCAGCUACUCCAGAUUCAGAUGAUCUGAAUGAGAAGAACAAUUACAGUGAAUCGAUGAAUUCAAUUUCUACAGACAUGGAAACAGACUCGGAUUCUACCAGUGAGGAGAAACAAAGCGAAUCAGAUGUAAAUCAUCUUCCAAAAACGCAGGAACGAGUUUUUGCAGGUUCUUUUACUAGUUGCAGCUUGUACACUAGUCAAAGUACCCCAGGUACACCAGCUACACUGGCUACCCCAGCUACAACAGAUAUCCCAACUACACCAGCUGUCCCAGAUCCACCAGAUACACCAGCUACACCAGGUACCCUAGCUACACCAGCUACCCCAGAUACACCUGCUACCGUAGCUACACCAGCUACCCCAGCUUCAAGCGCUACUCCAGUUAGACCAGCUACCCCAGCUACACCACCUACCCCAGCUACACUUGCUACACCAGCUACCACAGAUUCAGAUGAUCUGAAUGAGAAGAACAAUUACAGUGAAUCGAUGAAUAAUUCUACAGACACGGAAACAGAUUCGGAUUCUACCAUUGAGGAGAAACAAAGCGAAUCAGAUGUAAAUCAUCUUACAAAAACGCAGGAACGAGAUUCUUCAGGUUCUUUUACUAGUUGCAGCUUGUACACUAGUCAAGUUACUCCAGAUACACCAGCAAAACUAGCUUGCCCAGCUACACCAGAUAUCCCAGCUACACCAGCUGUCCCAGAUCCACCAGCUACCGUAGCUACUCCAGCUAGACCAGCUGCCCCAGCUACACCACCUACCCCAGCUACACCUGCUACACCAGCUAGCCCAGAUUCAGAUGAUCUCAAUGAGAAGAACAAUUACAGUGAAUCGAUGAAGUCUAUCUCUACGGACAUGGAAACAGAUUCGAACUCUACCAGUGAGGAGAAACAAAGCGAAUCAGAUGUAAAUCAUCUUCCAAAAAUGCAGCAACGAGUUUCUGCAGGUUCUUUUACUAGUUGCAGCUUGUACACUAGUCAAGGUACCCCAGGUACACCAGCUACACUAGCUUGCCCAGCUACACAAGAUAUCCCAGCUACACCAGCUGUCCCAGAUACACCAGCUAACGUAGCUACACUAGCUAGACGAGCUACACCAAUUACACCAGCUACCCUAGCUACACCAGUUACCCUAGCUGCCCCAGCUACACCACCUACCCAAGCUACAGCUGCUACACCAGCUACCCCAGACUUGGAUUCUACCAGUGACGAAGAACAAAGCGAAUCAGAUUUAAAUCAGCUUCGCAAAAAGCCGGAACGAAUUUCUGCGAGUUCUUUUACUAGUUGCAGCUUGUACACUAGUCAAGGUACCCCAGCUACACCAGCUACACUAGCUACCCCAUCUACACCAGGUACACCAGCUAGACCAGCUACACCAGUUACCCCAGCUACAUCAGCCUCCCCAGCUACACCAACUACACCAGCUAUCCUAGCUACAGUAGCUACUCCAGCUAGAACAGCUACCCCAGCUACACCAGCUACCCCAGAUACAUCAUCUUAUUAUUUACUUUCUACCAAUAUUACAUGUGCCAAUUAG